UAAAGUUUUAGCAGUAGAAUCUAUUUCAUUUGGAAAAAAUCUAAAAUCUUUAUGGUAUUUUUUUACGAAUAAAAGGCAUCAUAGGGCUUGUAUUAAGUUAAGCUGGGCUAGUCUCACGGGAGCCACAACAGCCGUUGGUACUGCGGAAGAUGAAUGUGACGGCGAACUGCAGUGAAGCUUGCCCGAACUGUACUGAAACUGGUGAGAUACCACCUUAUUACCGUCUUACCUCCCCUAACCUCCUGCUGGCUGCUAUUGUGCACUGCUACGUCGUCUUCGCCCUCGGGUCCCUCGGUAACAGUGUGGCACUAUGGUGCGUGGUGACAUGUAACAAAACAAAACCAGCAGUGAAGUUACUGCUGUACACUGUGUUCUUGCCCCUCCUGCUGCUGUGUCUGGUGACGAGACCUAUUGCUGCACAGGUCAUUACAGCCAUCCUCACAUGCGAUGUAGUCAGUUUCAACAGCUCUCUCAAGUAUGUUCUGCGAAUCGUGUAUAGCACUCUGGCUCAAAUGGAGCUGCUAGCUAUUGCUGCAGUGUCCUUCUUCAGAAUGAAGGCACUGUGGUCGCCCCAAGUACAUAUUCUGAGGCUGCGAGUAGCCGUGGCUGUGGUGGUUUCCAUCGGUUUCUUCGCCGUCCUCACAACACUGGGCGUGACGAUGCCCAAAACUGCUAGGCUACCAGAUAGAUCGCCAGGUGUGGAAGGGAAUCGAUGUGAUCUACUUCCUCUUUAGUACAAUGGUGCCCGUCCUGGUCACCGUCACCUGCUACGCCCUGAUAAUCUUAGCUAUGCGUCGCAACCAGUGUCGUCUGGCCAGUAAUCACACUUCUAGCGUGCACAGGGUUGAAGCUACACGCUCCAUGUUGGCUGUCUGCAUCAGUAACCUGUUCCUCAGCUUCCCUCACUCAGUUUUUCAUCUCCUGGAAGAUCCUUCGUUUACUUUACAUGUAAUUUUUCACAUGUUAUUUUACACUCACUUCAUUGUGGAUCCCAUAGUGUUCGUGGGUUUUAACCAAAGUUUUCGCCAUCGUGUGGUUGAGCGGGUAGGUGCGGGUGUGACCUGGAUGACACAGUGCUGCCCAUGGACCUCACCCACCUCCAACAUCCAUUCGUCCUCAGUCACAGAAACCACUGACCAGAAGUCCUCAGUCACAGUAUUCGAUCUGAAGCCCUCGAUCACGGUGCCCUCCGGCAAGAAGUCCACGGUCACAGAAACCCCCGAGCAGAAGUCCUCGGUCACAGAUCACCAUCAUCGUCUGUGAACUAGCAACCAGCUGUACCAAAGAUUCCAUAUGGUGAUUUGAUAUUUAUAAGCUGAGAAAGAAAUACUCGUCUCAGUAUUGCUGCUGUUAUGCUGUAUUUUGAAUGUAGUAAGAAUUCCAUUAAUUAGUGCUUUUUUACAUUGGUCACUGAGUUUGCAAGAGUGCCUGUUCUUACUGCCAAAGAUGGUUUUGACGACUAGUAAGUAAAGAAAUUCUUUUAGGAAAACGAGUAAAUAAAGUUGCGUCAGAUAUAA